AUGAGUUUUCAUCCAAAUAAUUAUAUAAAUGGUUUAAAUUUAGAAUUUGAUCCAAUAUCUUUAUCAAAUCCUGAAGAUAAUAAUGACAUUGCAUCAAUAGAUGAUGGAUUUUUCUAUAAUGAUUCAGAUUUAACAAAACAAGAAGAAUUACAACAACAUCUUGAAUUAUUUAGUGAAGCAGCAAUAAAUGAUUUUUAUUCAUUAAUUGUUAUGAAUGAUAAUGUUAUAAUACCUAAUAAACCUCAAUUACAACAUCAAGAAAUCAAACAAGAAGAAAUAGUGGAAAAUGACUUGAUAUCUCCAAAAAUCAAACAAGAAGAGCAAUCACAACAAUCAUUACAAGAUUAUCAUAAUUCUUUAAAUAAUCAACAACAAUUACCUUCAUUUGUAAAUAGCAACAGUGUCAAUAAUAAAUCUACUGCUUCUACACCUUAUUCAAUAGCGACAACUUCUUCAACUUCACCAAUUUAUCAAAUUAAUAGUAAUACUACUAAUUCAACUUCACAACAUCAAACACCACAAAAUUCAUUAUCAUCAUCAGCAACACAAGCAGCAAAUGAUGAUAAAAAAAAGAGAAAUACAGCAGCAUCAGCUAGAUUUAGAAUUAAAAAAAAAUUAAAAGAACAAGAAAUGGAAAAAAAAUCAAAAGAAUUAGAAGAAAAAGUUGAAAUUUUAGAAAAAAAAUUAAAAACUAUAGAAAUGGAAAAUAAAUGUUUAAAAAAUAUAAUAUUUCAACAAAAUGAAAAAAAAAAUAAUGAUUUAUUAGAAACUAUAAAACAAAAAUCAAUAAUUAAUAAAAAUUCUUCCUCUUUUGAAUUUACUGUAUGA